AUGAUGUUCACGUCCGCAGACAUGCAGAAUGAGAUACUACAAGUCAUGGCACUUGGAUUUCUUCGACAGGUCGCUAAGAACAUCAGAGAUGAUGGCCGUUUUACAAUCAUGGCAGAUGAAACGACUGAUCAGUCUAAUCGUGAACAAGUUGUGAUCGUGCUAAGACGUGUUGAUAGUGACCUAACUGUGUAUGAGGAAUUCAUUGGACUGUAUGUGGUGCCAUCUACUGAUGUACAGAUUUCGACCAAUGUCAUCAUGGACACACUGAUUAGAAUGAAUUUGACAUUGAGUAACUGUCGUGGUCAGUGCUACGAUGGAGCCAGCAGCAUGUCAGGUGCCAAAAAAGGAGUUGCAGUUAAUAUUUCUAGUCGUGAAAGUAGGGCUGUGUAUACACACUGUUAUGGACAUGCACUUAACCUUGCAGUUAGUGUUUCAGUAAAAGGUUUCAAAGUAAUGCGAGAUUCACUUGAUAGUGUAUAUGAAAUAUCGAAACUAAUUAAGUAUUCACCAAGAAGAGAUACCAAGCUGGAGGAACUUAAAACUGAGAUGAAUCCAGACAAACCCGGUUUCCGUGUAUUGUGCCCGACUAGAUGGACUGUUAGAGCUGCCAGUCUGUGUAGUGUCUUGGACAAUUACAGUGUGCUGCAGUCAUUGUGGGAGAUUUGCUAUGAAUUUGUUAAGGACUCGGAAACCCGUGCACGAAUUGUAUGCGUCCAUUCGCAGAUGUUUAGCUUUGACUUUUUGUUUGGUGUGUCGCUAGGAUAUGAAGUAUUUCGUCACACUGACAAUCUUAGUAAGGCAUUACAACAUAAGCGGCAGAGGACCAGAGACUCGCGGAGCUCAGUCACAACACGUAGUAAUCUACGACAAGAGCAGUCCUAUGACAAGUUUUGGGCCGAUGUGACAAAAAAUUAG